AUGAUCCUGUCUGGUGCCUUGAGGGCUAGUGCAAUUCCCUUACUGACCCGUAUUUAUUUUCUGGAUAUCCUGACAGCAAAGGGAGGAAUGCUGAGAACGACUAAAGACUGUCUAGGACUGCGUGUUCGUCUAAACUUACUGCACCAUACCUGGAAGUGGCUACACCAGACCAUCACCCUCCACGACUACCUCAUCUCUUUGACAGCAUCUUGUAAAAACGCUCACCCAAAAUCCCUACUAAAGCUCUAA